AUUUGCCACAAAAACGAUCCUUGUGCUGCUAUCAUUGAAUUCGCUAGUCCCUUUGACGCUAAAAAGGUCUAUCGCAGCACAGAGCCAGUUUUUGAGAAUCGCUUCAUCAAGGUGUUUUGGGGUGCCAAUGUCAAUUUUGAAAAGAUUGCCAAUGGUAAGCCAAACAACCCUCCCCAAAACUGGACUGCUCCUUCAAAUGCACAAAAUCGACUACUACCUGCGUUUACGCCGUCUAAGCCCAACUCAGUUUCUUCAGCAAAAGCUUCUCAGCACUCCUCUGCGACAUCUCCGCCAAUACCAAAUAUCAGCACUAUUGAGAGGGAGAAGCUUCGCAAAGAGCUGAUUGAGGAGCACAAAGAACUGAGUGAGACGAUGGCGAACAAGGACAUGCUGCUGAAGAAAAUGAACAAUGCGAAAACGGCAGAGGAAAAGGCCAAAAUCAAAGGCCUGAUAGUGUUUACUAUGAAAAAGGCUGAGGAGCUUUCGAAGACGAUCAAAAGUAAAUACGAACGCCUUUCGCUGGCACAACGAACUGUUAAAGUGUACACGCCGAAUGUCGUUCACAAAGCUCAGCCAUCAGCGCCGGCACCGUUUCAUCUGUCACAUCCAUUGCCUAGUCCAUCAUCUGCGGCUUCCAACGACUUUGCGGACGACGAUGUGGCGAUGAACCAGGAAGAAGGAGGCCAUUCCACGAACGGUAGUGCAUCGAACGGAAACCAAGACAGGGAUCACCACUUUGCAGCUGAGGAUGAUGAUGAGGAGGUGGACGAGGAUGAGGAAUUUGAGGACUACGAAAAG